CAUCCAGAUGAAUGUUCAGGGAGUGAUCUCGAUGGAGACAAUUAUUUUGUAUGUUGGGAUAAUGAUCUCAUUCCUCCUCGUCAGUUUCCUCCCAUGGAUUAUAACGCGGGACCACCUAAGGUUUUGCAUCGUGAUGUUACAAUUGAGGAUGUUGAGGAGUACUUCAUUGACUUUAUUGUCAAUGACAAGUUGGGCAUAAUCAGUCAUGCCCAUGUUGUCUUUGCAGAUACAGAACCUAUGAAGGCAAGGAGUACGCAAUGUCUUCAGCUCGCCCAGCUAUCCUCUAUUGCUGUGGAUUUUCCUAAAACAGGUGUGGCAGCCCAAUUACCAGGUCAACUACGUGUCAAGAAAUAUCCUGACUUCAUGGAUAAGCCUGACCAUAUGACCUAUCAAUCAAAGCGUGUGAUGGGAAGGCUGUAUCGAGAGGUAAAAGGCAUUCCACCACUUACAGCAAAUAUCAAAUCCUUCACAAAGGAAGUAGCAACGAGGUCUUUUGAUUCUGAUAUGUUAGUAGAUGGUUACUCGAAAUAUGUCAGUGAAGCUUUCUAUUACAAGUGCGAGUAUGAUAGUAGGUUGAGUAACCUGAUGAAGCAUUAUGGAAUCGAAACCGAGGCUGAAAUAGUCAGUGGAUACAUAAUAAAAAUGGCAAAAUGUUUUGAUAAGAGAAGAGAUCUGGAUGCAAUUACUUCUGCUGCAAGGUCGAUAAGAAAGGAAGCCAGGGCCUGGUUCAACAAGACAAGUGAGUCAGGUUCUAGUAAUUCUGAUGCUAAUGAUGUAUAUGCAAAGGCUUCAGCAUGGUAUUUUGUCACAUACCAUCACAGUUAUUGGGGUCUUUGCAUUGGAGGAAUUACACGUGAGCAUUUUCUCAGCUUUCCAUGGUGUAUUCAUGACACCCUCAUUGAAAUCAAGAAGAAAAAAAGAAGCCACUAAGAGCAAGUGAUGGACGUUAUUUCAGUAAUGGCUUGCGCUUGUAGUUGGUGGAGCGAUUUGAAUGGAGUUCAGCACCCAAGUAUCUGCAUAUGCUUGUUCCUAUCUAAUUAAGCUGCUUGUGUAAUAGCAACUUUAGUUUCUUUACCCUGUGGUAGAAGUGUAUUGUUGUAAUAUAUGUGUAUUUUCAAAGUGUGUUGUGAUC